CAUUUUACAGUUAUGUUUGGCCAUUUACUUUUUCGCUUUUACUACAUCCUAGAAUUGUUCAUUAAUUGUGAGGUUUUUAUGGAAUUUGCAACAUCAAGUUAAACCGAGGUUCUUUGGAAGUUAAAAUGUCAAGCAGAUUUUUAUGUUACGGUGACUACAUUUUGUAAGUUACAAAUAUAGUUCGCCAAGACAGCAUAACGGUUUCUAAACAACUGCGCAUUAAUACCACAAUGUUGUAUUUUCAUGUGUCAAGUUCGCAACGCGCAUUAAUCCCAAAGGCUGAAAAGCCAGCAGCGAUGAGUGCUCCGCCUCCGCGCUGACUAGCGUUGACACAGAAAAUGACUCUCAGGGGGUUAUUGAUGGAGGAGCUCCUUAAAAAGUUGAUGGAAGAAGGCAUUGAUGUGUCAGACGACGAGGCGCAAAGGUUUAGAGAUAACGAUGUACAACAUUGAAGGUACAGUUGAAGGUCCAGUGUCCCAAGCAAACCAGAGUUCUAUACCUUCUUGCCUGCAGUUAUUUCCAUUCCAAAAUUCCCACAAGAUGUCCAGAGUCGCUUGGAUCUCAAAGAACCAGUCCAGAAAGAACAGAAGUACCGAAACAAAAUAAUUGGGACUCUUUAUGAAAUGCUGUCACAGUACACAAUGUACCCAACCCACUCAGACUACAUCCAGGUCAUCAAAGCCCUGAUUGUGAAGUAUCCUUUCUUAAGAGAUGUACACGGAAAUGGUUAUGACACCUGGCACAGCCAACUCAAGAGAAAGUUCAAAGCAGAACGGGCUCCCCUAAUCAGCAACGAAGAAGUGAACCGGGUUAAAGAAAAGUUUGGACGCACGCAGAAACAUCGGACCACAGAGGAAUCCAGCAGCUCCUGUCUGAAGAGACUGAAGCCCUCUCUCGAUUCGUGCUUUGUGGGGGAAGAUGCAGCCUCCGUUGAUGCUCAUAUCAAGGUGCUAAAUGAUCAGCACAGGACGCUACAUCCUGACACAGCACUGGUGAAAGACCGCAUGACAAAAACCUUUGCAUGGAGACGUCAAGAGGUAGCUGAAGGAAUGUGUACUGUGGACCUAUUAAAGAGAUAUCCAUUCCUGGGGACAUCUGCAGGGUUGUGUGAUGAGGUUGAUUUAAUGCAUCCCUGCCAAGACAACAUCUGUUGCCGCUUUAGCGAGAACUUCACUGCUGUUCUUCAAAAUGUUCUUCAAAUGACCAAGGAUUUGCCACUGAAGAAGGUCUACAUGGAGGCAAGAGAGAAUGCACUGGCUGAAGACAUUACAGGAAUUGACUUCAAGGGGGCACUUCUCCUCUUGCCAUCCAUCUUCAAGGAGAAGAUAGAAGAUUUCAUCAUCCUUGGAGAGGUAAAUGCAUGAUGCAAUGCAUAGCCUUUGGCCACAAGUUUCAUUCUCGGUGUUUUGUUGGCAUGGAGCUGAAUUCAGCUGCGGUUCAGCAUCACAGCUAAGCUAAUGUAGGGGAAACACUGCUGUUAAUCCACAGACUUACAGAAUGCUCUGGAAAUGAACAAAAGUUUUACAGAUGUGCAUUUUCAGGAUAAAGUGCUUCAGCGUGUGUCUGCUAUAUCUGUCAGCAGUGUCAAAUAUGAACUUGAGGAUGUUUUUGUAGUUGGCCAUGUACACACUGAAGCCAUACCUAUAUUCUUUAAAAUCAAGUAUAUUUUGAAUGUUGAUACUUGUUGGGUAUUGUGUGGGAAACUGUUACUUCCUCGCACUUAUGA